CGGUGCGGGGGAGGGAGUGAAUGCGGCCUCCGCCGCUCCCGUGGCCAUGUACCGCUCUAGCAGCGGCCGCUCGAGCCUGUCGUCCUCUAGCCGGUCCAAGGAAAGCAGCAGCUCGGGCUCCCGCACUUCCCGCUCCGGCGCCUCCACGUCAGGCCCGACUCGAGGCCGCAGCCCCCGCCGCUCGCCCUCUCCCCGGGGCCGGUCGCCGUCUCCGCGCCUCACGAGUAGGGUGGGCUCUCCAUCUGGGGGCAGCCGGAGCCGCCGCGGAUCUGAGCAGCGAGACGGCAGCUUGAGCAAGAGAUGUUCUCCAAGGAGGCAGUCAUGCUCUUCACAAAGGCACUCACAGUUUCCGGGCAGUUGUUCUCCAAGUCGACACUCUGAAUCUUCAGUGGAACAGAACUUGUGGACUGAAUUUAACAGUGACGUUUAUGGCAUUGACCCACGAGAACGAAGGAGACUGUCUGACAGACUAAGUGAUGUUGACAGGGGUUACCUGGAUGAGGAUUCAGUAUUUAUCAGAGGACUUUCACAUUCCCGAAGCCCUGAGCAAUAUCGUUCUCGACAGGAAAGUCCUAGUUCUUUCAGUACAAGAUAUCACAAGGACUAUCGUGGUAGGGAUGCUUUCCUCCACCAAUCAGACUAUGACAUGAAUGAUGACUGUCUAGAAGAUCUACCAAGAGAAUCUGACAGGGAUGGCAAACUAUUUACAAAGUCCUUAUAUCCAUCAGAGGAGGAGAGGAUUAAUCCAAAGCGGCUUCGAUCUGACAGAGAGGACAGAAUGCUUGAUGUGAGCACAGAUCCUCGAGGUUCCUUGUCAGAAAACCGAAAUUACUACAAACGAAGGCUUAGUAGUAGUCAAAUGUACCCUGAUGAGGACCCUGUGAGUUCUAGAAGAAACAGGGAAGAGGAGGAGCUGAGCAAAAAUACAUUUCAAGAUUGUCCUGGCGGUGAUUAUGUGAUUCGUGGCUUGACUAACUCUCUGCAGUCUUCUGAAUCUCAAUACCUUUAUAGACCUGAUGAAGCACCAGCAAUGCCCAAAAAAUCAAUCCUGAAGAAACGAGUAGAUGAUCCUACCAUGCAGCCCUCUGAACAGAGUUUUGGGAGUUUUUUGAGAAAAAAGUAUCAGGAGUUGACGUCAGAGUCUGCAGACCCGCAUGACGACUUCCUCCUUCCUCAUGAAAGAGCCAGCCAGGAUGGGAGUGGUAUCUCACACAUUCUGGGCAGGAUGGCAGAUUCUACCAGCACUCAAGAGAAAAGAAGGCACAGCAUCCUUGAUGUUGAAGAUGAAGAGACGUUUCUUUAUGGUGAUGAUGAGGAUGACUCUAACAUUAACUGUCCUCCUACUGAGAUGCUAACAGUGAAUGGUGGGAAGGAAUCUGUAAGCCUGAAUAAGAGACCCCCAUCUCCUAUCCCAUCUGUAAAACCAGACAAUUCGGAAGGGUCCGGAAUAGAGUAUGAAAAGAUCCAUGACUUGCUCAAAACUAUUGGUCUUGACAUUGGGGUGGUUGAAAUUGGUGAGGGUGCCGCCCGUACGCAAGAACGGCUCCACGGGAAAAAAACAUUGCGUUCUAUAGAUGGUCUUUCUUAUAAAGCAGACUCUAGUGAGAAGGACGACAUUCAGAGCAAUACUCAUUCUUCAGAGUCAGAUUGUAAGAAUUCUUUGUCACCAUGUGGUUCUUUCCAACCAUCUGAUGAUGUAUUCUCUGCUCCGAUAGCAAAGCAUGCUAAAACACUGGAGUACAAUAAUUCUGCUGGCCCACCAGAGCAAUCUUUUCCUUCAGUAUCCGUAACUCCAUCAGCACCGCCUUUGCCGCCUAACUUGCCGCCACCUCCUCCCCCAGUUUCCCAGUAUUCACUAUCACACUUUACAGCGUUCCUUGCCGCUCAGGCAAUGCGAAAUUAUCCUCCUCCCACAAUGCCCCCACCUAGCUAUAAUGCAUAUGGACAUGGUAUGGCUUAUUCAGCUUCCGCCUGGCCCAUGUACCCCCCUCCUCAGCAGUCUAAUCCUGCACUUCCACAUGUACGCAGGCUUGAGUCCACGACAGUGCCACCACAGCCUACCAAGUCCAACCUCAGAGUUAUUGAGACAGUUUCUAGAAUCAAGAAGCCUGAAAACAGAUAUAAAUCUGUGCUUGUGAAAGUCCCUAUUACUCCUACUGGCUCCGAAUUGCUUUCUCAGUCUUCCAACAGUGGUACUACUGAAAGAAUAUCAGAUGGAAAAAAUCCAGCUGUUGAGAAGCCACAAGGAUCUAAGUUGGGCAAAAGAAUGCCGACAGAUGAAGAGUGCAAUGAAGGACAUGGAGUAACAGUCCAGUCUGGAAAUAACUCUAACAAAACACCCCAUGGAGCCCUCGUACUCAGUAAUCUACACUGUAAACCAUGUCAGGCACCGUCCCCUGUGAGCAAGCAGAAGAACCAACAGGACACCAUGACAAAGGCUGAUGGCAUGAGAGAAAAUGAACCUUCCCCUAUGAGCAAGCAGAAGAACCAACAGGACACCAUGACAAAGGCUGAUGGCAUGAGAGAAAAUGCACCGUCCCCUGUGAGCAAGCAGAAGAACCAACAGGACACCAUGACAAAGGCUGAUGGCAUGAGAGAAAAUGAACCUUCCCCUAUGAGCAAGCAGAAGAACCAACAGGACACCAUGACAAAGGCUGAUGGCAUGAGAGAAAAUGUGAGUUGUUCAUUAACCAUACAGUGGAAGCAGUGGACUACCCUUUAA